GGAUUGAAACACCUGAAUCACAUGAUUGGGAGGGGAUUGGAACACCUGAAUCACAUAAUAUGGAGGGGAGUGGGACACCUGAAUCACAUGAUAUGGAGGGGAUUGGAACACCUGAAUCACAUGAUUGGGAGGGGAUUGGGACACCUGAAUCACAUGAUUGGGAGGGGAUUGGGACACCUGAAUCACAUGAUAUGGGAAAUUGGGACACCUGAAUCACAUGAUUGGGAGGGGAUUGGGACACCUGAAUCACAUGAUUGGGAGGGGAUUGGGACACCUGAAUCACAUGAUUGGGAGGGGAUUGGGACACCUGAAUCACAUGAUUGGAGG